UGGUCUUCUUGCAGAAGAAGCAGCACACCUUUGACAAUAUCAAUGGGAGCCACCUGUAGAGCUUGAUCUUCUUGCAGAAGAAACAGAUGAUCGUCUAUAAAUAAUGGAAUGGUUUAGUAAGUUUCACCAAGGUAACAGCUGAGUUAGAACCAUAGCAGAAAGAUGUCUCCACCUGUUAAGGUCAUCGGCCACAUCGCCAGCCCAUUCUCCCACCGUGUCGAGGCCGCCCUGUGUCUCAAGGGUGUGCCCUACGAGCUGAUCCAAGAAGACCUGUUCAACAAGAGUGAGCUGCUGCUCACGCACAACCCCGUCCACAAGAAGGUGCCUGUGCUCCUCCAUGGCGACCGCGCCAUCUGCGAGUCCCUCGUCAUCGUUGAGUAUGUGGACGAAGCCUUCGAGGGGCCACCCCUCCUACCGAUCGACUCCUACGACCGUGCUAUGGCCCGCUUCUGGGCUGACUUCAUGGACAAUAAGCUUCUCAAGCUGUUCUGGCUGGCCCACUGGACAGAGGGCGAGGUGCAGAAGGGAAUAACGAAAGAGGCGAAGGAGAGCCUGGCGCUUCUGGAGGAUAAGCUCAGGGGGAAUAGGUUUUUUGGCGGUGACACCGUCAGCUACCUUGACUUGGUCUAUUGUUGGUUAGCUCCUUGGCUCAGCGUCGUGGAGGAGGUGACUGGAGUGACUGUGGUAGACGAAAGCGAGUUCCCUGCUAUACGCCAGUGGGAAAAGGAGUACAAUUCUUGCGAAGCUUUGAAGCCGUGCAUGCCGGACAGAGACCAAAUCGUCGCCUACUUCAUUGAAAGCAAGGAGAGCUACAAAAUGUUCGCCAAUGCAUGGGCGGCGCAGCAGUAAUUGUGUGCAAGAAUACGAAUCAAUGUGUGGAAUAUCAUAUUGUGCCCAAAUAAACAUGCCCAUGUUUCAGGCUGGUUUAUUUUGUGUGAAUUCAUAUGUUUAUUUGUGAGUUGGUACUACACUCCCCGCUUUAUUAAGACAAAUGAAUACCAUAUUUUGUUUUUAGAAAAGUCA